AACACGCCAUCGUGGAUCGUUUCAUUUUCGGAAUUUGCUCAGCGGGUUUCUUUGCCAUGGCGGUUGCAGGCGGACCGCAGAUCUUGUCCGAAGAGAUACCACACAAGCUGGAAGACUUCUGUGGGGAGUUGGACUUGGCUCGUCCACUUGGAGGUCCUCUCUGGUGGAACUCUUUGCUUUGGUCAAACUUUCCACCACUGUCCAUCUUGAGUGAGAAGAACUCGAAGGAGGGCGACAAUGGUGAUUUCUUCGCCAGCCUGGCAGCGCUGAACAGCGACAAGAGGCUGAGCGAGCAAUAUGUGACCUUCACAGCUGCAAGACAUGAUCUGUGCAAUACUGCAAGCUUGCCGAAGAAGAACUUCCGGCUCACGGUAGAAUGCAUGCAAUAUGAAGGAGUUCGCGAAUGCCAGUGGAAUUUUCCACUCCAAGACUAUAUUCCGAAACGCGACAAUCACAACGUGCCGCUAGCACAGGCGCGACGCUUUUGGGACAACAACGUCCUCCACAUGGGUUUGAAUGCAGAGGAGUUCUCUGAGAAGGUCAUGCCAGUGGGUGAUGUAGAGGCGGAGAUCCGCAUCGCGGACUACUCGGGCAAUCCCACCUGGGGUUACUAUCCCUGCAUUCUGCGCGUGAACGGCUGGCCCUUCCGCCUGCGCAAGAUCGGCAGCUUCGAAGGCUUCGGCCAGGGUGGGCACCAUGAGCUCAACAUUGGCCUGCACUACUUUGAACAAGAGAAACUCUGGAACCUCCUUGAAGGAUAUGGAAGCCUCGCAGCUACAGGGCCAGACCAGUCCAUGGCGCUGCAGGGCAAUCAGCGCAAAGGCUUCAAGUUUUAUGCUAUGCUGACGGACCUGGAUUGGCUGGGACCCAAUGUGAACGAAAGGAAACACGAGGAUCCUGAGGUUCCAGUGGAGAAGGGCUACGUUUGGUUCAUGGUGGAGGAAACGAUCCACACUUCUUCUGCCAUCGGAAAGGCAGUCAAGAUCAAGUUACUGGAUGAAGGAAUCAUACCCGCUUGGCUGGAUUUGCACUACUUGCAGGUCUUUGCAGGAGGUGUUCCAUUGGGCUACAUGAGCGAAGCUCAAGUCGACCUUGAGGCAGAAGGUGCAGAGGAUGGAGCCUUGGCAAUGGGUGGCGGAAGCAGUAGCUGUGGCAAGGUGCAAGUCUUGCGAACGGCGGCGCGGCGGCGCGUGGUCGUGGAAAACAGCUGCAGCCGCCUGGUCUUCAAGGAUCCGAUGGAUUCUCAGUGUAAUGACCUGGUGGAUAUGGGCUGGGCCAUCUUCGAUUGCUGUUACAAAGGUGCGACCAUUCGACUUGGACAGCAUGCUGGCAAAUGGUCGGAGGAGCCUGAAGGAGACCAUGGCAUGGUUGAUUUCAAGGCCGCCGGACCACCGCCUCUUUGCCAUGGCGAGUACAAGGAGAUGCCGCGCCGGGGGCAAAUAUCUUUGUGCCAAACACGCAGUUCUUUGCACCAAAACAUCACCAAACCCACGGCUUUUGAGCACGAGAAUCACAGACAAGAAUCGUAUCGACUGGCUUGAAGUCCUCCAGGCCGAGGGCGUUGUUUUUUGCAUUGA